UAGAAAAAUUGUCCAAAUUUUUGUUUUAUCAAAAAAAAAUUUUACCAAAAUACACAAAAGUCAACGGAAAUUUUGGUAUACCUAUAUAUGUAUGAAGGCUCGAUGCAUCAUUUACACGUAUCAGAAUACUUUCACAUUCAGUUUCGCUACAACGAUGGUGAUGUUUCGCAUGUUCUGCUGUUUCAUCAGCUGCACAAAAAUAAGACCGUCGGCGCCUCCACCGCAAGUGGUUGAAACGGGCAAGAAAGUUCCAGCGUCUCCUCCUCCACCCAAAGUGGCCAAAACGGAGAAGAAAAAGCCACGGCCGUCUCCGAGGCCGCCAGUAAAGGCUUCAGGCCGUCGUAAACGCUUUGGUAAAGACGCUGGCGGUGUCGCAGGUUGCGGUGGUGGAUGUGGCGGCGGCUGCUAGUUAUAAUGAAGACAUGAUGUUUCGUAGUGAAAUGUGAUUAUUUUUCUUCUGCGUAGUGUGUUGGAUUUAU